UCGCCGGAGACCGUAUUAUCCUUAUUUACAAGAUUUACAAAAUGGCGUCAAAGAAACCGUCUCAAGAGCAAAUUAUUGCUGGUUUUCAAGAAUUAAGACAACAGCAACGACAAUGUGUUGGCAAAAUAUCAGAUAUUGAAAUGGAUAUGAAAGAACACGAGCUGGUCAUAGAAACAUUAAAAGAAGUUGAUGAGCAGAGAAAAUGUUUUAGAUUAGUGGGAGGAGUUUUGGUGGAAAGAACAGUAAAAGAUGUCUUACCAGCUUUAGUAAAUAACAAAGAACAAAUGGGAAAACUAGUGGAAACAUUGUCUAGGCAGUUAGAAGCAAAGGGUCAAGAAAUUAAUCUUUAUAGGGAAACGCAUAAUCUCAAAAUCAAAGGAGAGGAAAACAAAGAUGUAGAAAAACAAGAAAAAGAUACAGCUAAAGCUGGAGGUGUUCUUGUUGCUAAAGACAGUUGAUAAACUUCCUGUUGCUAAGGAUUUUUUCAUUAUUUUAUAAGUAAAGUUCACAUGUUGUGUGGAAAAUAAUCUUGCAUAAACUCUAGGGUAUAAUACCUUUCUAUUAUUUUUUUAUCUGAACAAUGUGGUUAAGUGAAAUUGUGAUAAAACACUAAAAACAGAUGAUUCAGUUUAACUCGUCAUAGAAAAACAUGCUCAAAGUGAGCCAUUGUGGAAAUUCACUUCUGUCCUCCUAGCAUCUUGACACACAAACAAAAAUGACAUAAGAAGUCAUGUUUAUUGCAUAAACUGUUAAGUCCAUAUUGGUAAAAAGUUAGUCUAUAAAUCAACACUUCCUAAGUCAUUGAAUCAAUAUAAGCAAAAAACUACUAAGGACGGUUCCUCGGUGAUCAAAAAGUGUUUAAACAUACAACAAAACAUUUCAUACAGUACUCUAAUUCCCAUGGUAACCAAAAGAAAUUUUUGUGAAUGUUUGAAUUUUUGUGAAUGUUUGAAUUUUGACAGAUGAUCAUUAAAUGAAACUGCAUCAACAA